UGAUCAUGAUGUAAGCGAUAUCAAAAUUAAAGAUGGCAGCCCCCAGGAUAGGAAAUGUGUUGUGCAGAAUAAGUAACUGUAAUUUCACGUCCGUCCUUCUAGAAAAGAUUAAUAACAGCAGAUCGUGGACGUGUCUUCAACAAAUUCGACAUAGACAAGCUUUUCCUCCUGCUGCCUGGUAUGUUAAACAAAAAACUACAGAUUUGGACGAAAAUCUGACGAAAGAAAAUGAAGAAUUUUUAGAUGAUGUGAUGAAAGAUGUUUAUAAGAAGAGACUUGAUCGAGUCUUUAGCCCUUUAGAAGAUGGUCCAUGGAAAAGAAAUGACUACAACAAAUAUACUCGUAGAACGGGAGUAUUAGCCAUAAAAAUUGGAGUUGUUCCUCAAUGGACGAAAGAGGGUAAAAGAUUCACAACUACAAUGCUACAAAUUAUAGACAAUCAUGUAAUUAGAUAUACACCACCAGAAAAAUUUAUGAAAUCAGCUGGUUGGAAACCUUGGUGGGGAAAUAAAUACGGUGUUGCUGUUGUUGGAGCUCUGAGUACAAAUCCUCGAAUAUAUACGAAGGAAUAUAAUAAUUUAUUUAUGGAAUCUGGUGUCCCACCCAAAAAAAAAUUAACCCGAUUUUUAAUCACAGAAAAUGCAGCUGUACAGCCAGGAACACCGUUAAAUGUAAUGCACUACCGAGUUGGUGAUGUCGUAGAUUGUUCAGCCAAAACAAUUGACCACGGUUUUCAAGGUGUUGUUAAAAGAUGGGGUAUGAAGGGUAUGCCAAAAUCUCACGGAGUCACGAAAACACAUCGUAGAAUGGGUACGACAGCAGGAGGAAAGUUCAAGGGAGGUAUAUGGAAGGGCAAGAAAAUGCCUGGAUUGAUGGGUAAUAGAUGGCGAACAGCAAGAGGGUUAAAGAUUUGGAGGGUGAAUACGAAAUAUAAUGUUUUAUACGUGACUGGACAAAACGUUCCAGGAAAUACACAUGGAUUCGUUCGAGUGAUGGACACAAAAUUACCUCUACGUAAACCAGCACCUGAGAAUCCACCUCCGAUGCCUACAUGGUACCCGGAGGAUGCUACAGAACCUAUAGAAGAGGAAUAUUUUGAUAAAGACUUGUUUCAGUUUACGGAGGAAUCCGUGAAAUUUGCUGCAGAAAAGAAGUGAGAAUGUGUUUGUGUGUUGACUUUUGAAAAAGACAAUAUCAGUGAACAUUGUUGAAGGGUCAGGAAUCGUGGAUGUUUUUUAUAGAUUUGAAGACAAAGUACAAAUGUGACCUGUUCCCACGAAACCAGGUGCUUGUCGCACAAUUUUAUUUUGUACUACGGCACAGAAGCAUCAACUGUAUGCCUUCUUGUUGCCUUGAAUAUGCCGAACUCAACUCCAGAUGAUACGACAGAUUUAAAAAGAAUAGCCACCUAAGUCAUAUGACAAAACUUUAAGAUUAAGAAGUAAAAGUUUUUGAGAAGUGCACAAAGGACUUUCAUAAAAAAAGAUGAAACACAGUGUUCAGAAAGAACAAAAAUUUAAAUUGAUGUGGCCCAAGUUUAUGGACCGGAAUCAUAUUAACCGGUUCUGGCCCCCGAUUUCACAAAACAUUCUUAGACUUAAGUUAAGAAUUUACUCUACUUCCAAUCACAGUUUAUGAUAAUAAUAUUUUUAAUCCAGAAACACAAAACUUUGUACAUAGUUUCUUAUUGAUGUAUUUGAAACAUUAAAAAACCAAAAGUUUUAUAAAGUGCUAUGUUUGAGUUAAAAUAAGGCGAACAAUUUUGAGUAAAUUGUUAACUUAAGUCUGAGAAUGCUUUGGGAACUUGGGGCCAGGUGUAUUAUAUUGUUGAGUCAAACAUUAAUGUAUACAAGCCGACAUAAAGCACCUGUUACAGACAUAGUCAGACACAAAUUAUCACACAGCAUAUAUAAACGUAUAUAUAUAUAUAUAUAGAGAGAGAACUGGGGUUAAACGUCCACUCAAUACAAACUAGGUCAUUUCGCUUGCGUGUAGGGGUCUUUUGCAGUGGGAGGAAACCGAUGGACCCAUAGAAAACCCACAAGGUUGGACAGGCGACCCUACUCCUUGCCAUGUACAACUGAGGAAUCAAAGCCACGCCAGUUGACUCAAUGACAGACCUUAUGAUAACCCAAAGGCUAAUUAUUUGGCCAUCCAACCCCCUUACAUACAUGUAUAUAUAGAAGCCUGGACGUAAAGUACCACAGACAAAUUAUCAGACGUUAUAUAUACCUUGUCUGAUAAUUAUACUGGGGUUAAGACACCGGCUUGCUAGCCCAGAGGUCAGUUGUUCAAUCCCUGCAUUGGCAGAGAAAGUUCAUCCAGAUUUACCAGCAUGGUUCCCCCUUGUCAGGGACAGCUGUCUAGUCAUUCAGAUGGGAAGAAAAACUGAGGCCCCGCGUACACAUUGGCAUGCACGUAAAAGAUCCCUUGACAGUUGGAAUUCGAUCUGAGAGUAGGCUGUAGUGCCACUGUCCUGGCAAAAUUUCCCUCAUAGCACACUGUAUGCUCAUCUUCAUUAGCUCAGUUCGGAGUAGGAUGUUAAACACCAUUCCAUUUCAUUUCCUUUUUGAUAAUUAUACAUCUGAUAAUUUGUCUAUGACAGGUGCCCUAUGUCCAGGCUUGAAUGUAUAGUCAGAUUGUUUUUGUAUCAUCAAGACAUGUAGUGCUAAAUAGUUUGUAAAAUUGGUUUAUAUCUAAUAGAUUUUAUGAAAAAU